GAAGGAAGCCGGCUGUGUUCAUCCCGAGAGCGUGGAAUCACGUCUCUGUGGUUAUUCCUCCGCCGGAACACAAGGAUACACUCUCUCCUUCUGCGGAACUCUAUGGUCAAAGGACGCCUCUGUGAUCCCGGAAGCGAUCCGGGGGAGAGGGAACGGCAAGAUGGCGGCGCGAGCGGUGUUUGGGUCCCUGGGCCGGCGUCUCUGGCAGGGUUCAAGGAAUUUUUCUGUAAGCAGUUCUAGGAGCAGUAUAGCCAAAAACGAUGGCUUUCUUCUCAGCACCAGUAUGAAGUGGGUACAGUUUUCAAACCUACACGUUGAUGUCCCCAAGGAUUUGACCAAGCCUACGAUAACCAUUUCUGAUGAACCAGACACAUUAUAUAAGCGCCUGUCAGUUUUAGUAAAAGGCCAUGAUAAGGCUGUAUUGGACAGUUACGAAUAUUUUGCAGUGCUUGCUGCUAAAGAACUUGGUAUCUCUAUUAAAGUACAUGAACCUCCAAGGAAAAUAGAGCGAUUUACUCUUCUCAAAUCAGUGCAUAUUUUCAAGAAGCACAGAGUUCAGUAUGAAAUGAGAACACUUUACAGAUGUUUAGAGUUAGAACAUCUCACUGGAAGUACAGCAGAUGUCUACUUGGAAUAUAUUCAGCGAAACUUACCUGAAGGAGUUGCCAUGGAAGUUACAAAGACAAGAUUAGAACAGUUACCAGAACACAUCAAGAAGCCAGUUUGGGAAACAACACCAGAGGAAAAAGGAGACAGCAAGUCAUAAAGUCCCACAGUGACCACUUGUGCCAGGAUGUGGAGUGAACCUGUCAAGUGGAGGGACCCUCCAGUGAGGACUAUUUCAUGUCUACCCGACUGCUCUCCUGAGGCCACAAGGCCUGAUCAGUGGAACGCAGGGAUCAGAACUUUAUGAUACCCUGGACUGUUUUACAAGAACCACUUUAUCUGUUCUUUUAUAAGACUCAUAUAUUUCAGUUCUGAUUUUUAAAAAUAUGAGCAAACCAUUUGGUCUACUCUGUGCCAAAACAGUCAGAUUUACAUUUUGUUAUUCCACUAUUGUUUAGUUAUUAGUUUGUACUGAUUGUGAUUUCUGUCUUUUCAUUCAUCUAAAAGUGAGUGUUCCACAUACUCAUCACACACAUUUUUUUCUUUUGAGGGACCUAGAAGGAACCUUUGGUUAAUUAAACACUGAGCAGUUCGAGUUUUUGAUACCUACCUUAUUAGUGUAGGCUGGCAUAUGAGAGUUUGGGAUGGUGAGCUCCAAGUUUUGCCCCAUGUAAGCAUUACAUUCUUAAAAAUGGAUGUACUUUGCGGCAGAUCAAGCAUGUUUGUGACUUGCACUGAACCCCUCUGGGGCUGCCUAGAAGGGUCACUGUAAUGGAAUUUGAGCUCUCGAGAAAUCACUAUUGGUGCAUUCAUCCUGUAAUUCGUUUUUUCAGUAAGCUUUUCUUUUGUUAGCUUUGCACCCAGUACUGUAGUAAAUACCAAAAAUAGAAUAGCAAUAAUGGCUUUCAAAAAUUGUGCAAGGCACAAAUAAAUACUUUUCCUUAUUAA